AUGCCGCGGACGGAAUCGCAUUUGUCGGCAGGAAGGAAUGUGUAUUACAAUAUGGAGCUAGACGUCGAUAGUAUAAUUGGACGCCUUCUCGAAGUGCAAGGCAAUAGGCCUAUGCGCACCGUACAACUCAGUGAAGAUGAAAUUAGAGGAUUAUGUAUGAAAAGUCGUGAAAUUUUCCUUUCAGAGUCAGUACUACUCGAGCUAGAAGCACCUAUCAAAAUAUGCGGGGAUAUUCAUGGGCAGUACUAUGAUCUAUUGAGGUUGUUCGAAUACGGAGGAUUCCCUCCCUCCUCGAACUACCUUUUCCUAGGUGACUACGUAGACCGUGGGAAACAGUCUCUAGAAACUAUAUGUCUGCUCCUAUCGUAUAAAAUUAAGUAUCCCGAAAACUUCUUCCUUCUACGUGGAAAUCACGAAUGCGCAUCUAUUAACCGUAUAUACGGAUUCUACGAUGAAUGUAAGAGAAGAUAUAGCGUAAAACUCUGGAAAGUGUUCACCGACUGUUUCAACUGUCUUCCAGUUGCAGCUAUCAUAGAUGACAAAAUAUUCUGUAUGCACGGAGGACUAUCACCAGAAUUAAACUCUAUGGAUCAAAUUAGGCAGAUACCAAGGCCAACGGACGUACCCGAUAGUGGCCUACUGUGUGAUCUGCUUUGGAGCGACCCUGACCCAAAUACUACUGGAUGGGGUGAAAACGAUCGUGGCGUAUCAUUCACGUUUGGCUCGGAUAUUGUAGUCAACUUCCUCAUUAAACAUGAACUGGAUCUUAUCUGUAGAGCCCACCAGGUUGUAGAGGACGGAUACGAGUUCUUCUCAAAAAGGAGACUCGUCACGCUAUUCAGCGCACCAAACUACUGCGGUGAAUUCGAUAACGCUGGUGCCAUGAUGAGUGUCGAUAAAACACUCAUGUGCUCGUUUCAGAUACUGAAACCAGUAGACCGCAAACGACUAAAGUGA